AGUAUACUCGAUAACUACUGCAUAUUCGCCGGAGCAGUGGUUUUCCUAUACGACGCAGUAUUAACUACCGGACAAGAAGUAACGUAUUUCUGGGGCCGAAGAGUGACAGGAGCCACCAUUCUCUUCUGGCUGAAUAAGUACAUGACGAUGCUUUACAUGGUCUGGAACCUUGCG